AUGGCUGACUUUUCCUAUGUGGUGUAUAGCUUGGUUGUUCAUGCAGUAUAUAGUUUACUUUGCGUCGUAUCUCAAUAUCAAGAACUGAAGGCUGGUAGAGGAAGAGCUCUAGAUGACCAAUUAUACAGGGUACCAAAUGUGCAUUAUAGUUCGCAACCAACAGCAACAAGUUUCAUGAGUUCAAGAAAACCAGUGACUUAUUAUGAAACCAAACCUACUCCUCCGCAUAGUCCAACAGGUGGAGCCCCUUCUCCAUCGACCAUCCCCGACCUGCUGUCCCCCAAUGUCAGUAGCGUGCGCAGAGGCUCCAGGAAAUCCGUCAAAUUUGGGGAUGCCACCCAACCUCAGUCCCACCACAACGGGUCCCAGCUGCUGGACCCCUGGGCCGCGGAGACCAAGAGUCCCAUGCUGGUCCCCAGGGGGCUCGAGUCGGUGCCCCUCAUCGAUUCGGGGGCGGUUCCUGUGACCCACAGCGGGGCGUAGGGGAG